CCGUCUAAUCCACAACCAAUGUAAUUUUGUAUAUAAUAUUAAGGAUAUAUUUAAGAUGGCUGCGGUACACAUAUUCAUGGUACUCCUUCUCGGGAGCACUCUAGUAUGCAGCAAGGAAAUAGAACAGAAAGCAAAAGUAUCUGAGCUUUUAGAAAAUGGAAUCAAAGAUGAACCAUCCGGUAAACCAGUUAAGAGAGGAAUCAUUUCCGGCGGACACGGAUAUAUUUCCAGCGGCAUUUCUCACGGAAUCGGUUAUGGUGGUGGAUUAAGCUACGGUGGUGGAUUAGGCUACGGUAGCGGUAUUGGAAUCGGCAGUGGAGUGGGCAUCGGCAGUGGAAUUGGCAUCGGUAGUGGAAUCGGUAUCGGUAGCGGAAUCGGUAUCGGCAGUGGAAUUAGUGUCGGAAGUGGUAUCGGAAGUGGUAUUGCCUUGGGCGGCUCAGGCAUAGCCGUUGGAGGAGGAGCAAUCGCCGCUGGCCCAGCUGUUGCAGUAGCAGCCGCCCCAGCGGUUGCAGUCGCCCCCGCCCCAUCCGUUCAAUCAUCAGUCUCAGUGCAGCCAAACCCUGUUAUUCUUCGCCAGGAAGUGCCUCGAUACAUCACGAGGACCAUCACUCACAACGUACAAGUUCCAGUCCAAGUACCCGUACAAGUACCUGUGGACCGACCAGUGCCAGUUCCAUACAGAGUCUCAGUGCCUGUACCAGUCGACAGGCCAGUUCCAGUCAUCCACAAAGUGCCAGUUGAGAUCACCAGACAGGUGCCAGUUUACUACGAGAGGAAGGUGCCAUACCCAGUGAAGGUACCAGUUUCUGUGCCCGUUCCAUACCCAGUGACGGUUGAGAAGCAAGUGCCUGUAGACCGUCCAGUCUACAUCAACCGUCAAGUACCCGUACCUUACCCAGUUCACGUCGAUCGCCCAGUGAGCGUCCCUGUACCAGUUCAAGUUGACAGGCCCGUACCGGUCCCACAUCCCGUUGUUGUUGACAGACCUGUGGCUGUACCACAACCAGUCGUCGUAGACAGACCCGUAGCGGUACAAACCCAAGUAGCAGUUCCAGUUUCAAGUGGUAUCUCUCUUGGCGCUGGUGUCGGACAAGGCAUAUCUCUAGGAUCCGGCUUGGGCCUUAGUGGUGGUUACAGCUCUGGUGUGGGCCUUGGAGGUGGUUACAGUUCUGGUGUGGGCCUUAGCGGUGGUUACAGCACCGGCUUGGGGCUUGGCGGUGGUUACAUUUCCGGCGGUGGUCUUCACGGUGGUUUAGGCUCCGGUCUCGGAACAUACGCCAGCUCAUACGGCUCUUACGGCAGUCUGGGCAGUAUUGGCCACUCUUACUCAACCAUCGGCCAUUCCAUACACUAGAUUAUAAGUCAGAAUGUACACAAAAAUACGGAUUGAAAUUGUUAUAUAUUUAUUAUUAUAUUAUAGAAUUUUCUCAAAUAAUAAGUUCAUGUAAAGUAUGUACCUUAUAA